AUGAAACACAUUCGCAAAAAGCACAUCGAGAAAACCAGGACCAAGAUCGAGAACAAGCCGGUCAACCCAGAACUAAUCGCAAAACAUCCCAGCGCGACCAACACUCAUUCCAGCACGACGAAAGAUAACAGCACUUCAGUUAGCCGGGCACGACCAGUGAUCCUCCGGUCCGACGACCCAAAGAAAGUAAAGAAACUACAGAACUCUAUGGAGAGGGGAGAUGUAUGGUAUAUCCUGGACCAUCACAGAGCGAGAAAGAGGAGUAAGGGGUCGGCAGAUUUCCAGGGUAUUCACCCACUAAUUAUUCCCAAAGCCGUACCAAGCACGCAGAUACCCGAGAAUCAAAAGGCUUGGAGAUGCAAUACGAACCUCCUCAUUGAAGCGGGUGCCAGUUUCGAUUCAUACCUCCACCACUCAUUCAAAACAUGCCCCUUAUGCGAGACAUCCCAGAAUGCAAAAGGCAAAGAAGGCAAAGGCAAAGAAGGGGAAUGUUAUCCGAACUAG